AUGUUCAAUGCCACACCUCAGUACUCUUAUAACAAGGUCCCUAUGGAGGUACCACAGGGAAACAAGAAAGAUGCCCCAGAAGAACUAUCAUUUUGGUCACGUGUGACGUUCAGUUGGGUACUGGGAAGAUUGAAUAGUGCCCAGGAAUCAGUUGAUAGGCUCGUUCCCGGGCAACGCUCGACCUUCUGGAACUGGAGAGACCUGCGUGACAUAUGGAUGAAACACGCGCGAUCAGCACAAGCGCGGGACAAAGCGCCUCGUUUGUGGAAAGUCGUCCUCUCUUUUCCGAAAAUUGAGGGUUACACUCAACUGUUCUUGCUUCAGAUCUCCAUUCUUUGUGCACGUAUUCUACAACCAACCAUGUUCUCGUUUGUGUUCACCUCAGACCCAUUGUUCGGCUCGCCUGUACCGUGGUAUUGGGCCGCACUCACUGGCUAUUGGCUGUCUGUCUCGGUUGAGGGUCUGGUGCGGAGUCAUUACUCUUACUCUGCUGAAAUGACAAGUGGGUCGGUAAAAUCUGGUCUGGAUGGUUUGGUAUUUGAUAAGGUAAUCCUUAUACAAACACGCGUAUGCUUCUGAUUUAUAAACUUUUCUUUUCUUCCUCUUACACUCCGCAUGUGUUCACUCGGUGAAUCGGUAGAAAGAUCGGUAUACUUUUUAACUGAUCACUUUGUAUCCAUUUUGAUAAUAGAUCAAAUCAAGACCUGAAAGAUUAUAAACUAACUACAACUUUGCUUUUCAGGUUAUGCGCCUCAAGAAAACUUCUCUUGUUGAUUAUACGAGUAGUCACGUGGUUAACUUGAUAUCCAAAGAUUUGGAUUCUAUUGGUUCAUGUGUCUAUUCGGUACCAUUCCUCUUCACCGCGCCUGUCGAGCUACUGAUUAUGUCUUUGUUAUUGCUUGUGAUGGUUGGCUGGGAGGCUCUGUUGGGAGUUUCCUACAUCAUGUUCUGUACAUUUUUACGCUGUGGGGUGGGGAAAGUGUACAAAAAAAUGCACCUCGGCACUACGUUUUUCAGUGACCAGCGGAUCGCCCUGUUGAGCGAGGUUAUUUAUGGUAUAAGAGUUAUAAAAAUGAACGUGUGGGAAGAAGUGUUUGAGAAACUGCUCGGGAAUAGUCGCAGGUUUGUGUCACGGAUACUUUCCACUUAAAAUUAGUCGGAUGGUCAGUCAGUCAGUCAGCAUGUCAGUCAGUCAGUCAGUAUCUUCGUCAGUCAGUAAGUCUAUCAGUCAGGCAGUAAGUCAGUCAGUCAUUCAGUCAAUUGAUCAGUCAGUCAGUCAGUAAAUGAGUCGGUCAUUAAGUCAACCAAUCCGGUAACUUUUAAACUGAGUUAUCUGUCGACCAGCCUCUGGUCAGUCAAUCGGUAAGGCAGACUGUUAAUGUCUCAGUGACAUGUUGAGUCCACAGGCAAAAGCUAAUUAAGCAACCGAACAGACCCUCCUUACUUACUUGUUUGCUUAAUUUUAUUCUUAAUAUGCAUGUUUUUCUUUCCAGGAAAGAGCUGCCUUUCAUCAGGAAUAAAACGCUGGCUCUUGGUGCAUUUGUAUCCGUUCAACAAGCCGUUCCCAUCAUAGCCUCUUUAGUUUCCAUAGUAGCAUUAAUGAUGAGUGGAAAAGAACUCACCCACGAGAACGUAUUCUUGAUCAUAUUAGUAAUGUACAUACUCGAGUCUUCAUGCGGUGAAUCUUUUGCCAGAGGAACAGAUGUCCUUGUAAGAACACUUGGUCUGCUCUGUAAAAUAGAGAGUUUUCUCCUAAUAGACUUUCCGUUGUCAUCGUUUUACGAAAACGUAGCAAGUCGUACGAGUGAGGUCCCUCCCUCCGACAAACCUCCGAGUCUUUCUUUGAUUGGAGUCUGCUGCGAACGCGAAUGUGAGUUGGUGGAUAUUGAUCUAAACUUCGUCACUUUUAACUGCGAAGGUGCACAACUUGUCGCACUCACAGGGCCCCCUAAGGAAGGGGCCGUUACUUCACUGUUCUGUGAGGCUAUACUGAAAGAAGUUCCACUUUCAAGGGGGCGUAUAGUCCAACAUGGUGACCUCGCCUACGUUGGCCAAAAGCCAUGGAUAUUUUCAGGAACUGUUCGGGAAAACAUUGUUUUUGGGGAACCUUACAUCAAAGAAAGCUAUUCAGCUGUUUUAAGAGCUUGUAAACUGAAUGAAGCCAUGCAGUGUUUACCGGAUGGUGAUAUGACUAAAAUUGGCCAUGGUGGUUACAAACUAGCACUUAGUCAGCAGGAACUCAUAAACGUAGCACGUGCAUCUUACUCAUCAGCGUCCAUCGUCCUAAUGGAUAAUCCUCUUAGUCACGUAAGCAUCUCAGUAGCCAAUCAGGUCUUCGAUGAUUGCAUCCUAAGUUUUCUCUCGUCUCGUCUGCGUGUCGUGGUGACGGGUAGAGCAAGUUUCCUCGAGAGGUGUCCACGUGUGUUGCAGAUGGUUGAUGGCCUUAUUAUCAGAGAAGGAUCACUCGAUAACAUUCGGGAGUCUGGUGAAAAUCUCACGUGGCUGAGGACAGACACUAUCCAUGAGAGAGAAAAGAGUGGAGUGGUCCAACAAUCCUUGUCUGGUGGAAUCCGUUCCGCGAGUUUGAGGGAACCAAGCGUCAAAAAUAUCACUGAUCGAGAUGCUGAAGGAUUUUCUAUCUAUCUCAGAUAUGCGAGGCAAACAGGAUGGCUUCCAUUACUGUCAGUUGUAGGUUUCCUGUUAACAUUAACUCCAGGAGGUAAGGAAUGUCUAUUCAGAAAUAUCUGCUUCGAACCCUACCUUAAAAUGAUAAAUAAUCCACAAUAUUUAUAUGCUAAAAGCUGUAUUCGAUAACGUUGUUUUCCCCUUUCAGUCGUCCUCGCAGGUCUUGGAAUAUGGUUUGCACGAAUUGCAGAUCUAUCUCGUGAUUACCACUACCACCACUUCAGUUUGUCUGCAAUAGUUGUGGGAGCCUAUGUCAUACUGCUUCUUCUUAGAGCUCUGUUUCUGCUCUUGUGUGGCCUUCGAUCGUCCAUGCGCAUCCACGACAGAGCUAUUUCUACACUGCUUAAGACAUCAGUCCAACAUUUUGAAAACGAAGAGAAGGAUGCUUUCCUAAGAGUAUUUUCUAAAGAUGUAGAAUGUUUGGACGAGAAGCUCCCCUCCGACAUUCUGCAGUUGGCACAGUCGGUGGUAGAACAUGCUGCAGUGGCUGUUAUGAUCAUGCUAGUAGCUCCGUGGACGGUGCUUGCUUUCAUACCUGCAUCUCUUAUCUCAUUUGUGGUUGGGAAAAAAUAUCUCUGGUUGGAGCGACAGGCCAGAGAUAAUGAAAACAACACCUUAACGCCCCUGAUGAUGUAUUUUUCGGAUACUAUGAUGGGUGCGGUCACCAUUCGAGCCUCUCAAAAGGAAAGCUACUUAAUGAAAGAGUUUUUCAGGUAAGUUUUGUUAUUGAUGUCACGACCUACCUCCAUGUAAUUGAGGAUAUCCUGUCUAUCAUUUCGGAAUUCAUUUUACUUCAGUCGGACAAACGUUUCAGUUAGGGAACAGUCAUUGAUUAUUGCCAAGGGGGGGGAAGGGAGGUUGGAGGAUUUGCGGGGAGAUCACACGGCUUUCAGGGGGGAACGGAGGGUAGAAUCGGUCGUCACUAACAGAGUGUGAACAGGGGAGAAGAAAAAAUUGACUGCCGUCAUUAGAAUACUACAGAACCUUAGGGGGGGAUCAGAUAAAUUUUAUCGUAACAAAACCAAAAUCAUAAGACCCCCACCCAGCAUGUUUCUUUUAAACAAAUCCGUACAGUGAAGUCCCACUGACUCGCACUCCUGUUCUCUCCGCGCCUCGUUUCCUCGAAAUUAGGCCUCUUAUCGGGAGUGGACCGUCUCAUUUUCUUCUGGAUAUCUCGACGCAUUUUUACAGAUCUCCAAGACGUUCGCGAUCGUACCGUGUGCCGUAUUGCUAACUCGUAAAACUUUCUGAUCAUCCAGAUUGCAAAAUCAGCACAUGACGGCAGUAUGCAUGCGGUCAGCGGCGGAACAAUGGUUGGCAGUGAGACAUUUGGCUGUGAUGUCAUUGACCAUGUGUGUUGCCACUGUGGUAGUCAUCUUCACAAGCAACAACAGUAAGUGUAAGUCAUGAUUGACUGAUAAAUGAAACUAAAUAACUCCUAAAUGACUAUGUCGAAGCUUUGCUUAACUUGCAUCCCAACUUGACUUCUGAAAGUUAACGGACUCUAAUGGAACCCGGUAGAUAUGACCGCCUUCCGUCAGGAAUAUUUUAGUGGUAUUACGGAGAUAUUAGAUGGGGUUACACUGAAGAACUGUUGCCCCCCUCUCCUCUGGAACCGAAGCAUUUGUAGCUAAUUCUCCAGCUUAUUUGCAAACAUUUUGUCAGAUGUGCCUAAGUUACUUUUGGUUUUUGUCCGGGGAAAAAUUGAAGGGAAUCGUUGAGGCAAAACCAGCUUACCCCAGCUAGGGCUUGAAGGUACGGUAUUGAGUAACUAACUUCUUUGAAGCACUUACCAACAUACAUAGUGCUGGUUGACCAGGAACGAAUUUUUUCUUUUUCAGCUUUUGUCGCUCUGUCGUUGGCAUUUGUCAGACAGCUUGUUGUAGGAAUUGCUAUUAUUCCAUUUCUCGUCAAAAACAUAGAACAGGACAUGACUUCAGCGGCCCGAUUGAUGAGUUUCCAUGACAUGCGCUCCGAGUCUAGUCACCAGAAUGACACGAAGCCACCCGAAGAUUGGCCGAAGGAGGGCGCCGUGUGUAUCAGCGAUUCCUUAUUGGCUCACACCUACGGUCGUCGACGGGUAUCAUUUGAAACGUUGUCUUUAAGCAUUGAGCCAAGAGAGAAAGUUUGUAUCAUAGGCCAAAAAAACGCAAAGACGAUCUCCUUUGCUUCUAAACUUAUGCUUCUGUCAAAAGAAUCCCAACAGGAGGUAUGGGUCGAUGAUAUUUCACUAGCAACGAUUAGUCUCCGAGAAGCGAGGAAAGCUUUCUGCACACUUCAGCAAACACCAUUCAUUUUUACGGCUUCAAUACGAAAAAACCUUGACCCGGAAGAGAAACAUGAAGACGAAGAGUUGUGGAACGUUUUGGAUACCGUGACAAUGAAAGAAUAUGUGAAAGGACUGCCUGGGGGGCUAGACUACAUGAUGACACAGUCUGUGAACUUCUCCAAUUCUCGGCUGCUGUUGUUGUCUCUCGCUCGUGCGAUACUACAGAAGAAGAAAAUCGUGAUUUUUGAUGGAGUUGUCUCAGGCGUCGACUUCACCACAUUGCGCAUAAUCCAUAGUGUUGUUAAGAACCAGUUUGCCAAUUCUUCAGUGAUCACGGUUGCGUAUGGACCUAUUGGACUGGAAACAAUUCUGCACCACGACCGCGUUGUUGUUAUGGAACAAGGGAGGAUUGUGGAAAUGGAUAGCCCAAAUGUUCUACUCGCCCGGAAGGGAAGCUUACUGUCAGAAUUUCUUGCCCCCACGUGA